UCGGAGCUGGAGCCUUGAGAUGGGGAAGUUCAUGAAGCCCGGGAAGGUGGUGCUCGUGCUGGCUGGGCGCUACUCGGGGCGGAAAGCCGUCCUCAUGAAGAACAUUGAUGAUGGCACCUCAGACAGACCGUAUAGCCACGCUCUGGUGGCUGGUAUCGAUCGGUACCCACGAGUAACGGCUGUAAUGGGAAAAAGAAGAAAAAAAGAGAGCCAAGAUCAAAACCAUCUAAUGCCAACCAGGUAUUCUGUGGAUAUUUCUCUGGACAAAGACCGUGUCAAAGAUGUGUUUCAGGACCCUGCACUGACAGCAAGCAGGGCAGCCAAAGUGAAAGGUGAGGAAAGAAGAGAGAAGAGAGGAAAGAGUAAGUGGUUCAGAGCUAGAGCUGCGAUAAACAUGUUAAGUGUUAGUACAGGAUCAUUCCUGGUCACGGCACCGGUCUCCAUCUCCUCAGUACCGCUCGUCGGGCAGGCACUGAUCCUCGCCCUCUUCCUACUAGUUGCCAACAAGGGUCAGUCAGCAGACUCAGACCUCCAUGGCUCCGUCCUGAUCACCGGAGGAGCAAUUGUCCAAGUCGGAGCAGGAGUUCAGCCCCUUGCCAAGGAAGGGUGA